GCAAGGGCGGGGCUUCGGCGCUGUCGUGCGUCGGCACCGGCGCUCGCCCACCCGACCUGCAUCCCCUCGCCCGCUUCUGCCCGCGGCCCGCAGCCCCAUGUACCGCGCGCUAUACGCCUUCCGCUCGGCGGAGCCCAACGCGCUGGCGUUCGCUGCGGGCGAGACCUUCCUGGUACUGGAGCGCAGCAGCGCGCACUGGUGGCUGGCGGCGCGGGCACAGAGCGGUGAGACCGGCUACGUGCCACCCGCCUACCUGCGCCGCCUGCAGGGCCCGGAACAGGAUGUCCUCCAAGCCAUUGACCGGGCCAUUGAGGCUGUGCACAACACAGCCAUGCGGGAUGGGGGCAGAUACAGCCUGGAGCAGCGCGGAGUCCUCCAGAAGCUGAUCCGCCAUCGGAAAGAGACCCUGUCUCGAAGAGGUCCCCCAGCCUCCAGCCCUUCAGCCCUGACCCCGUCCAUCAGUGACCCCUGUCUGGAUGCCACUGCUGCCCGGCAGCCCAACAGGGUGUGUCGCUCGGGGUCUGAGCAGCACAGCCUGCCCAGCUCUGAGGACCCUGAGGCAGGCCAAGUCCUCUACCAUGUCCCGGCACAGCCCCGCCGGGCAGCACCCACCACACCACCCCCACCGGUGAAGCGCCGUGACCGUGAGGCCCUGGUGGCCUCAGGGAGUGGCGGCCACAGUGCCACACCCUCUGGGGGCAGCUCCGUGUCCAGCAGCUCCGUCAGCAGUGCCUCCCUUGAUGCCCUGUAUACUGGCUCCAGCUCAUCCGAGCUGGGCCCCAGCUGCUCACCCACACCCCUGCCUGUGCCCCACCGGGGUGCCCACGUCACUGCCACCCAAGCUCAGCCUCCUCCCUCCAAGGUGCCAGGCUCCGAGGCCCCUGCAGAGGAUGUGGCAGGUGAUGGACUGGAGGCCCUGGGCACGCUGAGCCUGGGGACCACAGAGGGGAAGGAGGCAGAGACUGUGCCCAAGACCAUCGGGGCAGAGCUGAUGGAGCUCGUGCGCAGAAACACCGGCCUGAGCCAUGCGCUGUGCCGCGUGGCCAUUGGCGUCGUGGUGGGUCACAUCCAAGCCUGUGUGCCGGCCAGCUCGCCUGUCAUGGAGCAGGUCCUCCUCUCGCUGGUAGAGGGCAAGGACCUGAGCGCUGCCCUGCCCUCGGGGCAGGUCUGCCAUGACCAGCAGCGGCUGGAGGUGAUCUUUGCAGACCUGGCUCGCCGCAAGGACGAUGCCCAGCAGCGCAGCUGGGCACUGUACGAGGACGAGGGCGUCAUCCGCUGCUACCUGGAGGAGCUGCUGCGCACCCUGACAGAUGCAGACCCUGAAGUGUGCAAGAAAAUGUGCCAGCGGAACGGGUUCGAGUCUGUCCUGGCCUUGGUGGCCUACUACCAAAUGGAGCACCGGGCAUCGCUGAGACUCCUGCUGCUCAAGUGCUUUGGUGCCAUGUGCAGCCUGGACGCCGCCAUCAUCUCCACACUUGUGUCGUCUGUGCUUCCGGUUGAGCUGGCGCGGGACAUGCAGACAGACACGCAGGACCACCAGAAACUCUGUUACUCCGCCCUCGUCCUGGCUAUGGUCUUCUCCAUGGGGGAGGCAGUGCCCUACGCACACUACGAGCACCUGGGCACGCCCUUCGUGCAGUUCCUCCUGAGCAUUGUCGAGGACGGCCUUCCCUUGGACGCCGCGGAGCAGCUGCCAGAUCUGUGCACCAACCUGCUUCUGGCUCUCAACCUGCACCUGCCAGCCCCGGACCAGAACGUCGUCAUGGCCGCCCUGAGCAGACACGCCAACGUCAAGGUCUUCUCUGAGAAGCUGCUGUUGCUCCUGAACAGAGGGGAUGACCCUGUGCGCAUCUUCAGACACGAGCCACAGCCCCCGCACUCCGUCCUCAAGCUCCUGCGGGACGUGUUCGCCAGUCCUGCCACGGCCGCCGUCUUCUACCACGCGGACAUGAUGGUGCUCAUCGACAUCACUGUGCGGCAUGUCACUGACCUGUCACCUGGAGACAAGCUGCGCAUGGAGUACCUGUCCCUGAUGCACGCCGUGGUCCGCUCCACGCCCUACCUGCAGCACCGCCACCGGCUCGCUGACCUGCAGGCCACACUGCGGCGCAUCCUGGCCGAGGAGGAAGCCUCGCCCCAGUGCCAGGUGGACCGCAUGAUAGUCCAGGAGAUGUGCAGGGAGUUCCCAGUGCUGGGCGAGGCCCCCGGCUAGCACCAUCCCCAGCUCCCGGAGGCCCCCGGCAGUGCGGCCCUACAGAUGCCGAGCGCCGAUGCUGCAAGGGGAGGAGGCGUGGCAGGGCCCACGCCCAGGAGCUGUACAGCCAGGCGGGCCGGAAGGGCCGCCUCUCCCAGAAGGCUGACCCUCCAGCUUGCCCCCUCCGUGCCCAGAGCCCUGCUGCCCCCGCCCCAUCCCGCCCGGUCUCUCCUGGGCCUCUGCGCACUGUAUGCCUGUUGAUGGCAGCUCUGCCCUUUGCCUUAGCUUCGCAGCGUGUGCCGCUCAUACGCCCCCAAGCCCUGUCCCGGUGGCGUGCUCCCCUUCACUCCCACCCCCAGGGUCCUGGCCAGGCUGCAGCUUUGAGAGCUGAAUCUUGGAGAGGCCAUACCGUCUCCUCACAGUGCGGGAUGAUAGCUCUCAGAAUCCGUUUUUUCUGUCAAGACGUCGAUGGAACCGUGUAUAUUUUCCUGUGUGCUGCGGUGUGCCUUUGGAAAUAAAUGCCAGGCAUCUGGCUACCGGCCUCCCUGUUUGCCCUGGUGGUGGUGGGACUGGACGACCAGGGCACCGGGCAGGACCUGUGACUCCCCCACCCCGCCCUUUCCCCUCUAGCCUGAGGAGCUGAUGGCCCCUGACAGGCCUGUCCAGCCAGGUCAGCAGGUCCAGCCUCCCUCCCGAGUUCCCGGUGAGCAUCUGGCUGGCUGCCUGCAGGUGACCGCCUUUCCAGGCCUCACUGACAUGUGCCUUUGCCUUGAAAGCCAUCUUGCUUUGCCAUCUUGCUUUCCCUGCUGACACCCUGCAGUCACAUGAAGCAGGCCCCGCCCUGCCCUGGCCGUCUGGGACGCCCCCCUCCCAGCUGUUUCCCGUCACCUUUGGUCAGUAGGUCCAGCACAACCCCUUGUUUUGUGGUAGUAAUGAUCAGGCAGGACCCCUGUCUCCCCAGAGCAGGUCAGGUCAGCACUCCUGCUUGAGGGACCAGGGGGCUAUUUUCCCUGUGGGCUCCCAAGUUCGCAGAGGUGCUCACCACGAGUGGCGGUGGAGUCCAGGAAGCCCCAGGAGGAGGGCUUGAUUCCCCAAGACUAAUUUAGCGAGAGCACGGGGGUGGGCCAGAGCUGGGGAUGUAGGACAGGGAAUCCUGGGGUCCAGGCACGGCCAGCAAGGGGGGUGUCCUUGUGGAACUUUGGAGGCUGAGCACACAGGCCCACUGGGACCUGAGGAGGUACUGCCCGAAUGUAAGACCCUGGGAAACUGGGCGACGCAGCUCCGCUCCGCACCCCUUUUGCAUCCAGCAUGAGCAAUGCUGACCUCCAGGCACAACGGCUUUCUCGCUGGAGUGCCAGCAGAUCAUUCUCCCGAGGUAGUGUGACACGGCGGAAAGCACGGAUCCUUGGGAACUGAGGAGGAAUGUGGACAGCCUCUGCAUGUGCUCUGCUCCCGGGUGUGGGCACGAGGCAUGCUGGCCUCAGGGAAGAGUAGGGCCGUUUUGUGCUUUCUGUCCAACACUGCCACCUACAGUGGCCCCACAGCAGGAGGAUGAGAGCCCCCUGCCCACUUGGCGCAACUGUCCAGGGGAUACUUGCAUGUGUAUGUAAAGCAUGUAGCAGCCCCAGAUUGCAAAUAAAGGCUGGCCCAGCAGCAAACACACUGGCGGAGGGUCCAGGACCCCCUCAGCAAAUACCUUGGUGGUUGUGUCCCAACACAAAAUUUCAGCCACAAGAGAAAACAGUGGUUAGCUGGAGAAGCCCUCUGCAGUGGCCACCUGCUGGAGGGAACACCUUUGGCUGCCUGGCAGGACGGCAGGCACAGGAUGUGACAAGGCUGAGAAAGUGCCCGAAGAAGGCAGCCAUGCCGCAAGGGAGUAUUUGGGUGGGGCUCAGAAGGAAACUCAGGAAAUGUUCAGGGACAGCGAGGGACAGGGCUUGGGGCUGACCUCCGCUACAAGUGGGUGCCAGCACUGCGUCUGAGACCACUGUGGACCACAGGCUAUGCAGGCAAGUCCAGGGGGUGGGGGUGGGCCACCGCCUGCCCAGUCCCCAAGAGACAGGCUGGACCUCUGUGUUGGUGAGCCCUGUUUUUUCCCCCCUUGUUUUUAUGGAAGAAUAGCAUACCAUGAAAAGUACAGCGGGCAAAGCGUAGCUUUGCAUGAUGACAGAAUGUUACAGGUCAGCAAACAGAAGGUCAUCACCCCCCAAAGCCCGCUCAUGUGCCCCCUUAAGGCACUGAGUCCCUUCUCCAACCCAGAUCUCCACCCUAGAGGCAAUUAGAUAUGUUUUGCCUGUUUUGCACUUUACAUACGGAAUCAAAGUAUACACGCUCUUGGGCCAGCCUCCUCAGUCACCACUAAAUUUUCAAGAUUCAAUCUGUUAAAGGAUGUGUUUGUGGUUUGUUCACUACCAGUGUUGUGUGGGGCAUACCCUCACUCAUUCAUCCCCUGUGGAUGACCUUCCAGUGUCCAAAUUCUGUUAUGAAUAGUGCUGUCAGGAACAUUGUCAUACAUGCCUUCUUUUUGCACAUAUGUGUUACAUGCGGGCAUAUACUCUCAAGUGGAAUUACAGGGUCACAGGCCAACACUGCCAAAUGGCUUUGGGAGGUUUCUGCACCCUGGUGUGCCCCUCCAAUAUCCAGGAGUGCCAGCUCCCUCAAGGCUUGUAUCGCUAGUUUUCUCUAGUCAUUCUGGCAUAGGGGUAUUUGACUUUUACCUUCGUUGCUGUCUGAUGGUCACAGGUGGGGCGCCUUUUCGUUAGUGCACUGCCUGUGCGGGGCUUCUCUUCCAUGAGGCUCAGGUUCAGCUUGGCUCACACUGUCAGCUACUGGGUUGUCUGUCUUUUAUUGAUCCAUAGUACAUAUUCAGCACACGAGUCUUUUGGGCUAUAUAUCUUAUAAUAUCCCAUUCACAAUGUCUUUUGAUGAAAGUUCUUAAUUGUACUGUUACCCAGUUUUUCACUAUUUUCUUAAUGUUUAGUGUGUUUUGUGUCCUGUUACUCUUUGCUUAGAGUUGUGAAGUGUUUCUGGGUUUUCUGCUAAAAGCAGUACUGCCUUUUCUUACACAUUCAGAGGUCAUAUCUGUCUGGGAUUGGCUGUGUGAGUA